CACUCACAAAAAAAAAAAAAAACAAACAACUACUUUUUGCCUGCGCACGAACUGACUUCGACUCCGACUUUAAAUUCCGACUCCAAAGUCUCUCAGUCUUUCUGUGUAACUAGUCUCCAUGGAAGCCCUGGCGAGCUCUGUGUUCAUACCCGAUACCUUCCCAGUUCAUAACAACCACAACCCAACUCUAAUCAGAACACCCAAUAACCCAACUGGGUCUCUCAAACUCACCCACACCUCCCAUUUUCUCGGCCUCCGUGCUCAUGCUCUCUCCGGCGAGGCCUCCGGCUCCGGUGACAAUGAAGAUGCUGGGCCCCUCAGUAAUGGCUUUGGCUUGGAUAGUCUCUCUUUGUCUCAGGUAGUAAUGUGUGGGUGGAUCAAAUGGCUACUUCAGAGUUUUAAUGACCUGUAUUUUGUGAUGAAGGGUAAUUUAAAUCACCAUGGUAGUGGUGAGAAGGGUGUGGAUAAGGCAUUUAAUGUGGACAUGCCUCUUACAUCCCAUUCUGCAAAUGGAGCAGGCGGAACAAGAACUGGGCUCUUUAGGACUCCAAUUUCUGGCGGGGUGCAGAGUGCAACUUCUGCUCAUGGUUUACCUCGUCCCUCCUUAGCUGUACGCAAUCUUAUGGAGCAGGCCAGAUUUGCUCAUCUGUGCACUGUGAUGUCGCGCAUGCACCAUCGACGAGAAGGAUAUCCAUUUGGUUCUCUGGUUGAUUUUGCACCUGAUUCAAUGGGCCAUCCUAUCUUUUCAUUUUCCCCAUUGGCCAUCCACACACGGAAUUUGUUAGCAAAUCCAAGAUGCACGCUUGUUGUGCAGAUUCCUGGAUGGAGUGGCUUGUCAAAUGCAAGGGUAACCAUUUUUGGUGAUGUCUACCCACUUCCAGAGGAUCAACAGGAAUGGGCUCAUAAGCAAUACAUUGCAAAACAUCAACAGGGGCCUUCUCAGCAAUGGGGAAAUUUCUACUACUUCAGGAUGCAGAACAUAAGUGACAUUUAUUUCAUUGGUGGCUUUGGGACUGUGGCUUGGGUUGAUGUAAAAGAAUACGAGGCUCUUCAGCCUGAUAAGAUUGCAGUCGAUGGAGGGGAGCAACACCUGAAGGAACUUAAUGCAAUCUUUUCGAAGCCCCUAAAAGAGCUACUGUCCCUUGAAUCCGAGGUGGAUGAUGCUGCUUUCAUAUCUAUAGACAGCAAAGGAACAGAUAUUCGGGUCCGUCAGGGUGCACAGUUCAACAUUCAGAGGCUAUCAUUUGAGGUAGGCCAGUCUGUUGAGACGUUAGAGGAAGCCAAGGUUGCUCUUAGGAAACUUAUAAACAAAGGCCGAGUGCAUAGCUUGUAGAAAUGACUGCUUAUGGUGCAUUUGUUUUCCUUCUUUCUCAGUGAACCGGUCAUCGUGGAUGGUGACCAGAAAAUGAGUGUCCCUCUCCUUUGAAAGUUGAGAGAAAUAACCACAUCCGGUUCCAUCAACAUAUCUAUGUUCUUAACCUAUAGGAUUGAGUUGUAAUAGAAUUGAUGUGCAACGUUAUUUUAGUUUGGAAUGCACAGAAUGUGUUGCUUGUGCUUGUUCGCAAAUGAAA